CGGCGCCAUCCAGCUAUCCCACAAGAUCCUCUGGGCUAACAAUGCUGCUAUCAUGAGGUAGCUUUUGACAGUCAUUGUUGGUAGCUUUGGUUUGGAUUGGAUAUCACCCACAAAAUCUUUGGUGGGACAUUCUUGUUUGAGGGGCCGGCUGUUCUGUUCAUCCAGCACUUCAACAACAACGUUGUUCUGGCAUCAGAACAGUAGAGAAACAAAACUAGGCAGAGGGUGAGACCAAGAUGAUGAAGGCCUGGAAGCUAAGCCUGGCUCUUGUAGUGCUUCUUGCUGCCAGUGCCACGGCUCGACUGGGAGGCCAUGCAAAGUCGUUUCUGAUUGAAGAUGAAGGCUUGGAUGCCACAGUUGUGGAAAACGGAGAUUUGGAACGAGAGCUAGAAGAGCAACAACAACGAAUGCUGGAGCAUCAUCGCCACCGUCAUCGUCAUCGACACAAGAACGAUGAAGGUGAAGACGAAGACGAAGCGGAACGUCGAGGUCACCUUGGCAAGUUUCCAAAACACAGGUUCAAAGCCAAGGCCCCCCCAAUUGUAAAAGCUGCAAAGAAAGGCCCUGGAGCGGUCAUGGAAGCAAUUGAAGAGGAAAUGGAAAUAGCCGAGGCAGUAGAAGAGGAAGAAAUAGAGGAGGAAGAAGAAGAGGAAUCGUCUGGUGGCGAGGGCAGUGGUCGUGGAAAAGGACACAAGCAUGGUCAUGACAAGGAGCACAAGCUCGAUGGUAAUUCCACCGACACCUCGUCAAACACCACAAGUACAGAAGAAGUACCCACCGAAGAAGCACGAAACAACGAUGGAUUGGUCGCUCACGGCUUUGAAUCUUAUGCUCAUCAUGCGGUCGGACAUGGGGUCGGAAAAAAGGCAGAAGAGAUUGAAAUGCAAGUCGUCACCUUUCUCGAAGGAAAGGAACCCGAGCUACUGGAGGAACUUCGGGUACGUGAAAAGGCAUACAAAGAGGCAAAGCGCUCCCUCAAGCACAUCGUGGCAGAGAUUGUGGCCUUGGUAGGAACGGAUGGCACCAAGCUUGUGGAACAGGAAGUCAUUCAUGACAUUAUGGUGGAGGCUGACAUUAUGGCACACGCAGAGAUUGAUGGUAACUUCAAUGAAACAAGAGCCUAACUACGGUAGCAAGAGACCUUGCCCAAUGGGCUGACUGGUUCGACAGUUGUUGCAGAGGCAGCGCUCUUGGUACUUGGCUAGAAGAAAAGAAACCAGUAGAGCCUCCAUUGUUGGACGUUAGAGAGAUACCCCAAGAAUAAUAACUUCUACAUGUUGAUUG